AUGGCGGACGCGGAUAUUGAAGCAACUCCACAUUUCUGCAACUGCAAAAUUGAUGGAUCGAGGUUGAGGGCACCUAUAAUGACUUCAUGGACAAAUGAUAACCCUGGCCGUAGGUUUUAUGGGUGUCGAAAUUGGAAGUCGAAGAAUUGUGGUUUUUUUGUGUGGCAUGACGAGCCCAUGGGUGAACGAGCAAGAGGUUGUGAUUUUGAUGUCGAAAAAGCUGAGUUGAACUAUGCCCUGCAUAAGAUGAAGAACGUGUGUGAUCAAUGGAGGAAGAAGACUUUCUUGGCUUAUUCAAUGUUGAUCUUCAGUUGGUUAUUGUUUUUUGUAAUUUUCUUUGUCCUUUAG